UGAUGAGAUAUUUAAUUUUGAUAUUAUUUUAAUGUAAUUUUUGAAUCUCUCUUAACUGUAACUCAAGUUAAUACAUUUUUAAGCAAUUUGCAUAACACUGCGCUUCAGUCCUUCAUUUAACCUCCGUGUAAGUCAAAAAAAAUGGCUCCACCAUGCUUUGCCGACCUUGGAAAACAAUCCAGGGAUAUCUUCAACAAAAACUAUCAUAUUGGGUUUAUGAAAUUGGAAUGCAAGACCAAAACUGCUACAGGUGUAAAUUUCACAGUGAGUGGAACUUCUAACAAUGAUACUGGCCGAGUGAAUGCUUUCUUAGAAACAAAAUACAAUAUUAAGAAGCAUGGAAUCACUAUAAAGGAAAAAUGGAAUACUGACAAUGUAUUGGCUACAGAGCUGUCUGUAGAAGAUCAGUUUGUUAAGGGCUUGAAAUUGAGUUUGGAUACUAGUUUUGCCCCUCAAACUGGGAAGAAAUCUGGUACAUUUAGUACUGCUUUUAAAAAUGAGCACAUACACUUGAAUUCUGAUGUUGAUUUGGAUGUAUCUGCUCCUCAAGUUCAUCUAGCUGGUGUUAUCAACUAUCAAAAUUGGCUGGUUGGAGCCAAAGUUGUUGGUUGUCUAUCUAAAAACCAAUUAAUGAAGUCCAAUAUUGGCUUAGGCUAUUCUUUAGGAGAUUUCGUAUUUCACUCAAAUGUCAUUGAUGGUCAAGAAUUUGGUGGAUGCAUGUAUCAGAAGGUUAAUGAUCAACUUGAAUCUGGUAUGAAUUUAUCCUGGGUAGCUGGAACUAAUGAAACUAAAUUUGGUCUUGGUUGUGUAUACAAAGUAGAUGAUUAUACUUCUGUCAGGGCUAAAGUGAACAAUAACAGCCAGAUCGGCCUCUCAUUCACUCAUCGACUCAGGCAGGGAAUCCAGCUCACACUCUCUGCCCUCAUUGAUGGCAAGAGCUUCAAUCAAGGCGGACACAAAAUUGGUCUUGGAUUGGAGCUAGAAGCUUGAGCCAGAUUGUACUUAUAGAAAAAUUUUUUCAGAAAUACAAAAGAUAAAAUGCAUUUCUCUGACA